UUGUUUUUGUAUAUUUCUGAUUAAAUUAUAUAUUCUGUAUUUUUUUAAACAUAAAACUCAUUGUUAUUUAACGUAAGUGCCUGACUGAUAUGACUGAAAUCAAUUCUGCGAAGUUGUAUUUUUAGCAUGCGCAGACAGUUUAAAGAUAAAAUCAAAUAUAAAAUGUGAUCAUAUUGUGUGUUUUUAAAAAUACGAACGCUGAUUUACCAAAUCGCAAUUUUCAUUGAUGUGCUACACCCCAAAUGCAAUGAUUGCAUAUAAAGAUUUGGUUCUAAUCGUAAUGCUAGCUCACGCAUGCGCGCGUCCUGAAGAGCUAGCAGCACAAACAGUUCCGCCACAGCCUUUCGCAGCAACCCCCUCGGCGACGUCGUCCCAGUUGGUAACACAAUCGAUAGAAGCAGCCGCCGUGACAUCGCCACCUGUACCGCAUCAGGCGGUCAUCGAGAGGCAAAGUGAAGUCGAGAAAGCGGAUACAGUGCCCGCUGUAACACCGGUGGCAAGUACCACUGUUGCAGCGCCGUCAGCCGCAGUCUCUUCUGAAUUGCCGGAAUACUUGAAGAACUGUUUUUAUGCUGAAGAGGAGCUGUGUCUCAAUUGGCGGCGUCACAAUGGCAGCAAUGGUGAUGAGCCACCUGUAUUUGAUCGUGUGGAGAUGACUAGUGUCAAAUUGGAUGCUGGAGAAGAAAACAUUACUGCUGACAAUAUGACUGCGCACAGCGCACAAAAUGGAAGCCUCUUGCAAUCCCAGAGUCUCCAAGGUCGUGAUCGCGACUCGAACAGCUGCCAAUGCAGGGAGCAUCCGACUCGAGCCAAUUCUUGGUACUGCUGCAACAUUACGCACAUUUCGACAAUCUCAAGCUGCAGUAACAUAUCCAAGUGGACAAAUCUGCAUGUGCGCAACCUCAGCGUGCAUGCAAUGAACCUUUCCAAUCCCAUAUAUCGAUCGUUGCAGUCGCUCGCCGUUACGGAUGGCAAUAUUAUGCAAUUGACAAAUGCCUUUCCGCGUCACUCGAAGCUUAAGUGCCUUAACAUAUCGAAUAAUAAUAUAUCAGACAUCGCAUCACGAGCCGUUAAAGAUGUGCCUCAACUGGAGUUUUUUGGUAUAUCGAAUAAUCUGCUAUCCCGUGUUCCGAAUCGCAACCAGAACAAGCACAUAGCUUUAGAUAUUAGUGGGAAUAUGCGUCUGCUCUGUGAGCCCCUAAACGAGAUUAUUUAUGGCGACUCAUUUAACUUUGUCAAUCCGGAAAACUCUUUUUGCUUGUACAAUGCGACACACAAGUGGUUCAACUCAACAAAUUUAGUAUCAGUCAAGCAGCUGGAGAGUAUCAAGAAAUGUGGCACCAAAUGUCCGGUUAUUCCGAACUAUGGGAACUGCUCUUGUAACAUUUAUAAUAUGAUGAUAAUACAGGGGGAUCAAUCACGAACCGUUUGCCAUGUAGAUUGUUCAAAUCUUGGCCUGAUUGAGCUCCCAUCUCUGUUGCCGGACAAUACAUUCACCCUAAACAUAAGCAACAACAAAAUAAGCACCCUGGGUGAUCAUUUUCAUACGAAUCCCACCUAUUACAAUAUUGUCAAGCUGGACGCCGAUAAUAAUCAUAUAUCAUCCAUUUACGAAUUUGAGGGCACAAAGUUCAUUGAGCAAUUUCAACGCCUUUACAUACGCAACAAUUCUCUGACUAAGAUUCCCGAAUACUUUUUGAACAAUGCUCUUAUGGAUACGGGCAUUGGGCGUCGCAUUUAUCUUGCAGAGAAUCGACUUCAAUGUGAUUGCAACUCGGCAAAAACGCUACAAAACUGGCUUAAGGAACGCAGCACAGAUAUACCAGAUUAUAUGGACAUACGAUGCCGCAACUUACCUCAGAGUGUUAUUGAACUGCAAGAGACAAAGCUAUGCCAAUCGCCACCGGAUUGGACUGAUUACAUAUACUAUUUAAUAGCAGCAGAGGUCCUCCUCUUGCUAGCCCUGAUCACAAAAGUUUCGUACGACUAUUGGGUCUUCAAGACAGCUGGCUAUCUGCCUUGGCCAGCUAGCAAAAUGCCAAAACUGCCUUGCGACUGUCUCUGUGAAUCAUAGAUAAGCUAAACAGGGGAACUCUUUAUUUAUAUAAAUAUGUGAAUAGCGACUGUCGAAGUGAGUUUUAGAGAUUAGCUAAAGCAACAUAUAUAAAUAUAUAUAGAUUCGAAGUAGAUGGAAACGUAACAUAUCCAAUUGUCACUUGACCAUGACAGAUUACACCGGAUACCAAUUAGAAUGUGCCUUCUAUAAACAAUGUAUCUACUUUUAAAUAGCCUAUAUACACAGUUGUCAUGAAAUGUUAUGUAUCUGCAUUUUACGUGCAUUAUUUUAUAUGACUUGUAGUUUGAUGUUGAUCGUGAAUAAUGUAGAAACUGCUAUCGCACUUGAAACUGUUAUACUGCUAAACAUACAACAGAUAGAUUGGACAUCUGGAACAACUUUUUCAAUACAGAGGAUGCGUGUUAAAACUGCUGCAGAAGUGAGAGUUUUGGAAAUUGAAAAUUAAGAAUAAAGGCCAUCUCAAGUCGCCUUGUGCAGCCCAGCAGAAAUUAAGUUGGGUUGAAAAUUGGAUCUUGGUUCUUGUGCGGGUUCCAGACGCCCCAACUAUGCAUUGUGUGAUUGUAAUCAUAUAUAUAAAGAUCAAAUGAAUAUAUAUACAUAUAGAGUUUUAAUUAGUUGAUAAGACCUUGCAGGAGCAUGUAAGUAAGUUGGCCAUCUAAACACAAG